AUGGUCUGGCUAGAUCUGGAAGCCGCGGGGAUUCAAGGUAGCGACUUCGUGGAGUGUGGGAAGAAACACGGUUUAAAGUUCUAUGCUGGACGAAUAGUCGUGCAUUAUCAGAUUAAAGAUGAGGCGAUCGAGAAGUUGGGUUCGGUGAUGGACGAGGUGCUGGCUGCGGCGAAGGCGAAAACAGGUAAGGGUGGCGACGGGAAGAAGAGGAGGUUCGAUCAGUAUGCGAAUGGUGAGAAGGCGGCGGAGGGGCAGGAGAAGGAGAAGAAGAGCAAGGCGGACGAUGCGGAUGAGCUGUAG